GACUUCCUUUCCCAACAUCGUGCAACUGGAGUAAACAUGAGUUCUCUCAGGUUGCAAAAGCGGUUAGCCGCUUCCGUGCUGAAAUGCGGCAAAAAUAAAAUCUGGUUGGAUCCCAAUGAAAAUAAUGAAAUAUCCAAUGCCAACUCUAGACAAAACAUAAGAAAAUUAGUGAAGGAUGGUUUGGUUAUUCGUAAACCAGUUACAGUUCACUCCCGAGCUAGAGUACGAAAGUUUAUGAUCGCUCGACGAAAGGGACGUCACAUGGGCCCUGGUCGACGACGAGGUACUGCCAACGCUCGACAACCCCAGAAAAUCGUCUGGAUGAACAGGAUGAGAGUUUUACGUCGAUUGUUAAGACGUUAUCGAGAGACCAAGAAAAUUGACAAACAUAUGUAUCAUGAACUGUAUAUGAAAUCUAAAGGUAACGGAUUCAAAAACAAGCGAGUACUCAUUGAAUUUAUCCACAAGAAGAAGGCUGAACAACAGCGAUUGAAACUUCUCAAGGAUCAAUUCGAAGCUAAGAGAAUAAAGAUCGAAGAAGCCAGAAAACGCAAGGCUGAUAGAUUGAAACAGAAACGUGCCGAGUUAUUGAGAACCUCCAUCUCCGAAGAUAAAGAUAAGGAUGAAGAGAAAAAAGAAAAGAAAGAAAAAGACGACAAAAGCAGUUCUUAAAUCUCCCGUCUAAUAAAAAAAUAAAAAAUACAAAAUGUCUUCUUCGGAUUCAAAAUGAAAACAAGAGCAAUCUAUGUAUACAUCUUCAAACU